GACCGCCAAUAGUUGAUAGCUAAAUCCCACAUAUAUUUUCCUUCGAUAUGUCUCGUGCGACAAGUGCCUUUAAAGUCCUCAUUUCGCAUCCGAAUGUCCCGACUCCGGCUUUGGAACUCCUGCGAUCUCGCGGGGCGGAAACUAUCAUCUGCCAGAGUGUUCCACCUUCAAGGGAGGAGAUCCUGAAGAAAGUGCCCGGAGUGGAUGCCAUUUAUUGGGCUCACUAUCAGCCCCUGAAUGCUGGAAUUCUGGAUGCUGCCGGAUCGCAGCUGCGUUGCGUAAGCACCAUGUCCUCGGGACUCGACUACGUGGAUAUUCCAGAGUUUCAGAAGAGGCAGAUUCCCCUGGGUCAUACUCCUGGGGUGGUGAAAAAUUCUGUGGCCGAUCUCGCCAUAGGUUUGAUGAUUGCAGCUGGUCGUCAUUUUCACGCUGGACGCACAGAAAUCGAGAGGUCGCAAUGGAAAAUCGAGCAGAUCAACUGGAUGAUGGGCCAGGAAAUUCGUGAUUCGGUCAUCGGAUUCUUUGGUUUUGGCGGCAUCAGUCAGGCCAUCGCCAAGCGUUUGCAGGGCUGGGAUGUGGCUAAGAUCAUUUAUCACACUCGCACCCGAAAGGAAAACGACGGGGACUUCAAGGCUGAACACGUGACCUUCGAGACCCUUUUGAAGGAGAGUGAUUUCCUGGUGGUAGCAGCUCCACUUACAAACGAAACCAGGGAGAAGUUUAGUGCGAAGGCUUUUGAGCUGAUGAAAAAGAGUUCGGUAUUUGUCAAUGUGGCCAGAGGGGGUCUUGUAAAUCAACCCGAUCUGCAUGAUGCCUUGACAACUGGCAAGAUCUUUGCCGCCGGCUUAGAUGUCACCACACCAGAACCACUGCCAGCCGAUAGUCCUCUUCUCAAACUGCCCAAUUGUGUUAUACUUCCCCAUAUGGGCACUCAGACGAUGAAGACUACCAUUGAGAUGAGUUUGCUAGCUGCCAAUAAUAUCUUGAAUGGCAUCGAGGGAAAGCCCAUGAUAAGGCCUGCAUACUGAGGAAGUGUAUGAAACUAUAUGACCAAUAUUAACUCAAAUCGGAAAUUAUUAAAUAUUACACAAAUAAAUUGCAAAUUUAGUACAAAUU